UGGUUCGAGGAUCGCUUUGUUUCAUCAACUAAACAUUUUUACUCAGGUGUUGUUGUUUUUUAUAUCAAACUAUCCUUAGUAUUAUUACAGUAAUUCAAAAUUUCGGUAAAGUUAUUAUUGUACAAGAUGGCUGGUAGUUUAACUGGGCAACAAAUCGAUGGGCUGUUUGUAAAUUAAUGAACCAUGGAAGCUUAACCAAUUUAGUUAUCAUUUGCAAGAUCCUUAAGCUUUACAGAUUUAAGCAUAUUUAUUGAUCCACAUGGCGUUUUUAUGGAUUUUCAGACCUCUUCUUCGACUCUACUUCAGACAUAAACGAUUGUUUCUUUUAACUGUAGCUGUCGUUGUAAUUUUUUCGGCGUUUUUUCCUUUUCCAGUAAGGAAACCUCUUUCGUCAGUACAGUCGGUCAUGUCUAACAUUAUUUCUAAUCCUUUGGGAAGUGCCCGUGAUAAGGCAACGGUAAAGAAGACUGAUAUUUAUAUUCCUGAACACGAGUUCCAUUUUGAUGACGUCAAAGACAACUCAUUGAGUUUAUUUGGCAGUUCACAGUGUUUGCUGCUAGAUUUGGAUCCAUUCAACGAAGAAGUUACAAAGAAUCAGAAAGAUCUAGGAGAACUCAAGUGUUCAGGUCCGGAGGCUACAAAACUUGAGGGAGGAGUGCUGUCUGUUAAAGGUACUGGCCUACAAGAAGUUACCUAUCAAGCCAUCCAACCUUCGGAAGAUCCAAAGGCUAGUUUUGUCCUUGGUGAUCGGAUGGCAGUUAUAACAGCUCAAGUGCAGUUAACUCCUGGUGGUUCUGACUCCAUUGCCCAUUUUCUUGGAAAAUGUAUCCAUUCUUAUGGAGGAAACAUCAGGCCUGGAUCGCAAUUAGUUCUAUAUGACUUAUGUGGGGAAGAUCGAUUAGAGUUUACACUAGAAGAAGAUGGCACUCUCAGACACAAGAUGUCUGGAUACUGUGUUGGGCCAAAAGCAGAAAUAGCUCAGUCUAACAAGCCUCUUACUAUAACAGACAGAUGUGAUGACUCCACUAAGUUCAAGGGGCUAGAGAAUGGGUUUCUUCAGCACAUGUCAAGUGAAAUGUGUGUUCAUUUUCAAUCCUUGGACUUGGAUCCACCUAACGAUGUGCCAUUAGUGUUUUAUGCUGACUGUAAGGAAAACUGGAAGAUGAGAUUUGGAUGGGCUUCAGAUUUCAAGAAAGGUAAAAACAAGAAGACAGACAUCAACACAGAUGUAUCAGAUGAUUUUAUUCAAGUCAGUGUCCAGUAUGCAGAUGCCUUACCAAGUCAACAACACAUGGAAUACCAUCUUCAAGUAUCUCCAAAGUUUUCUCUACAGGAACCCAAGGAUGCUCAUCUGAAACCCAACAUGUUAAUCUUAAUACUCAAUUCCGUAUCCUUUGCUCACUUCAGAAGAAAGUUGCCCAAGACUUAUGCUUAUCUCAAUCAACUCGCUGGUACUGUGUUCUUUAAAGGGUUCAGUGUUUUUGAUGACAGCUCCAAGUCUCAGUUGGCUGCAAUGUUGUCUGGUAUUACACCUAAUAAUAUUGCUAGUCAUAACAGUUUCGAUGAACUGCCUUGGAUUCAUACUCUUCACAAGGAGCAAGGAUAUGCAACACUUUUUUCUGAGGACCUACCUUGUUCUGCACAGUACAAAGAUACUCUGUGUGGGUUCUCGAAAUCACCAACAGAUCAUUUUGCCCUUCCGUUUUGGUCAGCAGUCCACCAAACGUACAGUCGAGGGCAGAACACAUUUUGUCUGGGUCAGAAAGCUAUCCACAACAUCACUUUCAGCUACUUGCGCGACUUCAUGACAAUCUACACCAAGCUCCCCAAACUAGCCAUUGCUAUGCUUUCAGAGCUCUCCUCAUGGAACCCCAACGGUCUGGGAUACAUGGAUAAGGACUUCGCUCGGUUSUUAGCUUGGUUAAAGGUGGAAGGACAUCUGGACCAUACGAUGAUAACUAUUGUCAGUGAACAUGGAUCGAGAAGCGAACUUCUAAGAAAGACCCUUCAAGGAAAACUCGAGGAACGCAAUCCAUACCUCUCUAUAACCUUACCUCCGAAAGCUCCCAAGGUUUUAUUAGAUGCUAUUCCGAAUCUCAAAGAAAAUUCCAAAGGGCUUGUGACUCCAUAUGAUUUAUAUUCUACCUUAAGGAGUGCGGUGCCUAGCAUUCCGCGUCGUGCUGGAGGUAUGGGCGCCAACUUACUGGAACCAAUCCCCGACACUUCCAAACGUUCUUGUGAAGACCUGGGAAUUCCCAAGCAGUGGUGUCCAUGUUUGUCAGUUCACAAGAUUGAUGCAAACAUAAAAGUUCUCCAAAACGCCGCCCGUAAAGUCCUCCAACACGUGAAUAAAGGUAUAUCCGAGGAUCCCAAAAUGGCAGACGUUUGUCAAAAAUUAGAAUUCUCAAAAAUCAAAGCAGCGACUACGCUUACUCCUAAUAAUGAAGUUCUGAAGUUUAAGUGGUCAAAAGAUGCGGGACAUUGUACUAACUGUGAGCCGGUUUAUGGUGCCAAGACCAAAAGUAUGUUUUAUGUGCUCUACGUCGAAGCGAAGCAGGGAGUGACGAUAAGAGCAAUCGUGAAUAUUUCAAAUGGAAAAGAAUACAUCCAUCCACACGUGGUGUCGUCACAGACUUCCAAGAUGACAUCAUGUUGGGCUACUGAAAAAGGAAAAUAUAGUCAGGCAUGGAAAAUGUGUGCCUGUAAAUAAAUUAUCCGUCACCUCAGGCCGGUCGCUAUGACGUUUUCUGGCAGUACCUGUCAGAUAUUUGCAUCUCGUCAUAUUGUCAGAUGACCGUUUAAUUACCCUUUCUUAUGCGUAAUAUCAGUUUGAGAAAUAAGCCGUUUGCAUAACAGCAUUAUUUGCUAUCACUAGCAGAAUCUCUUCAACACUUUAUUGUGUGUUCCCGUUACUUAGGCUGCGUUUACAUGGUACCGGACAAAUAUAUUAAUUUUUUAUUCUUACGCCUAACCAUGCAAAUUUCGAUACAGUUCCGUGUAAACAGAAGGUAUUUGCAAUACAAUUAAAGAGACGGUUCCGUGUAAACGGUAUUUACAGAUCAACUGAUUAUUGGUCGGUUAAAAAUUCGUCCGUUACCGUGUAAACGCAGGCUUAAUUACCACCAAAAAUAAAAGAGCAAAUAAAAGCUUUUGAGAAAAUUCGCUAAGCAUUCUGGUAGUUGUAGUUAAAUAACGCUAUCGUACAAACGUCCUAUUUAUUGAAAUAAGUGCCUUUGGCAAACAAGGAAUCUUAGCCUUAUUAACAGACCGUUUUCUCAAGGUUGCGUGCGCAUCCAACUUGACGGGCCACAAAACUGAAAAACGCAAAUUCAGUAAAAUUGAGAAGACAGUUUUAUAUUUAAAGAGGAGAAUAUAAAUUGAUU